GCCUAGGGGUUGGGGCACGCGCCAUGGCUGAGUCACAGCAGCUGCGGGUGCAGGAGGCAGUGGAGGCCAUGGUGAAGGGGCUGGAGCGGGAGAACAUCCGCAAGAUGCAGAGUACCAUGUUCCGAUGCAGUGCCAGUUGCUGUGAGGAUUCCCAGGCCUCUAUGCAGCAGGUUCAUCAGUGCAUUGAGCAUUGCCAUGCACCCUUGGCCCAGGCCCAAGCCCUUGUGACCAGCGAACUAGAGAAAUUCCAGGACCGCCUGACUCGAUGCAUCAUGCACUGCAAUGACAAAGCCAAAGACUCAAUGGAUACUGGGAGCAAGGAGCAGCAGGUGAAGAGGCAGCUAGAGUCCUGUGUGACCAAAUGUGUUGAUGACCACAUGUACCUCAUCCCCACCAUGACCAAGAAGAUGAAAGAUUCCCUGGCAUCUAUUGCAAAAUAAUCAUUGUCAGUAGUCAUUGGGUGGGAGAUGGGUCUACAUGUAAAAAUGAAUGGAAAUUUUUACCUUUAAUUGAAAAUUUGAAAAUGAAGAAAUUGAGGCUAGUAGCAAGUUUAAGAAUACUUUUAUGGGAUUUUGGCAUCUGCCUCUAGACUCGGUUGGUUCCAUUAUUUGUUU